AACUACUAUCAAAAACCAUGUACAUAUAUGUAUAUAUAUAUGCUUUUUGUAUAUCUUCAGAAAAAUUAAUGAUCCAACAUGGCAGAUGUACCUACCGAAGCUCCUGACCAUUGUCCUGGAACUCAAAGCGAAAGUGCUGGCAAAGCUUCAGCAUGUGCUGGCUGCCCAAACCAAUCACUUUGUUCAUCUGGAGCGACUAGACAACCAGAUCCUGGCAUAGCACUCGUGAAAGAAAAACUUUCCUUAGUACAAAAUAAGCUCCUAGUACUUUCAGGCAAAGGAGGAGUAGGCAAGACUACCGUAACAUCAUUAGUAUCUAGAUGUUUGGCAGCAAAUAAUCUCGACAAAAAUGUUGGGAUAUUGGAUAUCGAUAUUUGCGGACCAUCACAACCACGAGUACUUGGCGUACUUGGUGAACAAGUACAUCAGAGUGGAUCUGGAUGGUCACCUGUAUAUAUUGAGGAUAACUUAUCACUGAUGUCGAUUGGAUUUCUACUUGGUAGUCCAAAUGAUGCAGUCAUAUGGAGAGGACCAAAGAAAAAUGGUAUGAUCAGGCAAUUUUUGACAGAAGUUGAUUGGGGUAGUUUAGAUUAUCUUAUAUUGGAUACACCACCUGGUACAUCUGAUGAACACUUGUCAGCUACAUCGUAUCUUAAAGGAGCUGGUAUUACGGGUGCUAUAAUUAUAACAACACCACCACAAAUUGCUCUUUUAGAUGUCAGAAAAGAAAUAGACUUUUGCAGAAAAGUAAACAUUCCAAUCCUGGGUGUAGUUGAGAAUAUGAGUAUCUUUGUAUGCCCUAAAUGUAAGAACACUGCAGAAAUAUUCCCAGCUUCGACUGGUGGUGCACAAAUGAUGUCAAAAGAAUUGAAUGUGGAAUUCUUAGGUUCAAUUCCGUUAGACCCAUUGCUAGCUAGAUGUUGUGACGAGGGUAAAAAUUUUCUGACAGAAAUACCAAAUUCACCAACUGUUAAUGCUUUGAAUAAUAUUUGCGAACGUAUUAUUAAAAAAUGCGAGGAAGGAAAACUGCCCAAAUAAUUCCACAUAAAAUACAUAUAUAUACUUAUUUUUUGUACAAAAUUCUGCA